AGCUCAGUUCUCUCUGUAGUCUGUAGUUUGACGUUGAAGUUGAAGCAAUCGGUUUUCCCAGUCUCCUCUCACUCACUUUCUCUCUUCGCCUAAUAGAAUUUUCCUACAUUUUCUUCCCAACCAAACACCUCCAAAUCCCUCUCUCCAUAAAUGCUUUCCGUCUUUCUCACACAAUGAAUUAAAUACUCUCUCUGUUUCAAUCCUCACCUGUUGCUUAUUUGCUCUCCAACACUCUCACUCACUCAUUCGUAAUCUCUCUCUUGAUUCUGUAAUGGAUUCGUUUGAUUUCAAUGGCGUUUCUGAUGAGAAGAGGAGCUCGACGUCGAAGCAGUUGUACAAUCGCAUCAUAAGUCUCGCGAAGCUGUUUCGUUUCGCGGAGCUCUGCGUCGCUCUGUUUCUCCUCAUGUGGAUCUUCACUCGGCUUCCUCUCGCCGUUGAGAUCUCCGGCGGUUACUGUCGUCAGGUCGCAGGCUUCUUAACUAGUCCUCUCUUCGUUUUCUUGCUCUGUAACAUCAUCGUCGUUACCAUACUGGUCAAUUCCGGCAGACUCUCCGUCCGAAACCAGAUCGUCGACGAAACCGAGUCCGAACUCUACGAGACAAUCGUUAAAAACAGCAGGGACCGUAAGCACGACUCGCCAUCCAAAAAUGACAUCGCGUUGAGUGAGACGGAGGGAACGACGGUCUACGAAGACAAACAGGUGAUAUCGGAGGUGAACACGACGGUCACCAUUAAAGAAGCUGUUACGGAUCACUUCGAUCCAUAUUCGGACUUUCCAAAACUUAACAGGCGAUGGAAGUCGGAGAAAUUCGAGCGAGAGUGUGAGGAGGACAACCAUGGCGAUAAUCAUCUCCAACGAUCGGAAUCGGAGAAGUGCAUGGAGAUUGUCGUUUCUGAUCGCGAACGACAUCCGAUCGAAAAUUUAGCUUCUCACGAAAAAUUGAGUGACGAUGAUUUCAACCGCAUAGUGGAGGCAUUCAUCGCCAAACAGUUGAAAUUCCGUCGCCGGGAGCAUGGUCACGGCGGAGCUAGCGAGCUUCACCAUGGAGAUUUGGAAUACGAGAAGUCGGAGGUGUCGCGACUCUGUUCAUCUCACGCCACGAUCACAACAAUCAACGGCUAAGAUUAAUCGCACUCUACUACUACUACUACUACUUCUACUACUGAUAAUAAUAAUUUUGAAGCUAGAAAUUUUAGAAUAAACAAAAAAACAAUUCUGAUCUUCUUACCACAACUACUAUUUUCUGCAAAUGGUUAAAAAUAUCUCACCAAGAAUGGGGUAGAAAGUAAAUUUAAAAAAAAUAUAUAAAUUGACUGAAAUAGUAGUAAAUAUUUUGUCUGUUUUUUUGUAUUAUUGAAAAACGAAGGAACUUAUUCUGAUUUUGAAAUCAGAAUAUAAUGUUCUUAGGUGAGAUUAGUGCGGUUAGAUCAGAUAUAUGUUUUUUUUUGUUUUUUAAUUUAAAAAAAAAAUAAUUGGGUGGUUUUAUUGAUUUGGAUGAAGUAGGAAUAGAAUUAAAUUCGAAGUUGGAAUAAAGUGAGAAUGUGCAUGAAUAUGCUUCUUUUGGUUUACCA